AGUGCUGACAAGAAGCUGGUUUUGGUUAUGUGCCGUUUAGGAACGAUAAGCAGAUUUGAAAGAGCAACUUGCCGCUGAAAAAAUAAAGAGAAGUCAUUUGUGCUCUGUUGCGAACAAAAUUAAUGUGUCUUCAACUAGGAUAUCCUGGAAGCAGAAGGAAUUGGCACAACUAGAGCAUUUGGAUAGUGAGCUGUGCAUCAUGCAUAGAACUCAGGCCCUUGUAUUCUUCCUUCUGCUGGGUUUGAACUUCCCUAAAGCAAAAGGCAUGUGUUACUUGUCCCAACAGCACUGUGUGUGUUCACUACUAGAGCUGAAGAAGUCAGAGGCCCAAACAUUCUUUAACUGCCUCCCAGCCACUACAUAUGAGCUUCAAGGUGGAAACCUGGCACAGUUUUUUAGAAAUGGCUUUUCUAGAACUGAGCUGAAGUCAAAUGAAAUUGACUUUCUGGAGGCUCUCCAGGUAAGCAAGCUGAUCUUUACAGACCUCAUUGUGCCAGAAGUUCUCUUGCCAGUAGCCCUGAAAAUUAUUUCCUACACACCUCAGGUCUCUGAACUGAAGUUUGUAAACUGUACUUUCCUUAGAUCUGCUGACCAGCUUGACACAGAUGGAUUUGACCUAAAGGUUUCUUCUUUGCAUUUCCACAAAGUCAUGGCUGCUUCUUUGGACGACAGAGUUGAUAUAUCCAGCCUGAGAAGCUGGCUGGAGACCCUAGAAAACCUGUCAGUAACCGAGUCAGAAGUCACAUCUAUCCCAUGCAAAAUCAGCACAGUAUUGAGAGCACUGCGCUUCUUGGAUCUUCAGGAACCGUUUCCAGGACCAGGGCCACAUAGAGAAAACUCAUUCUGCAAAGGUGCUUUCCCUCAGCUCCAGGUGUUAAAACUACAUGGCAACAAUCUGACCUCUUAUGAGACAGUGUGCCAGACUCUGGCUCAUCUCAACCAGCUCACUCAUUUGGACCUCAGUCAGAAUGAUUUCGUGCCUGAACUCGUCUCCUCUCCCUGCUUGUGGCCACCAUCUCUACGUGUUUUCAAUUUGUCCAGCACAGGAUUUGAACACAUAGACAGGUCACUGCCCCCUGACAUUGAGAUACUAGAUCUGAGUGCCAAUCACAUUUUUACCCUAGACCUCUCCAUCCCUGGACUGAAAGAGCUCUACCUGUCCCACAACAGGCUGCAGUCCAUCCCCUCAGUCAAGGGGCUUCCAAGUCUAGAAGUGCUCAGUUUAGAUCACAACCAGCUCUCGCAGCUUCCUACUGAAGGCCUUCUGCAUUUGAAAAACCUGCAUAGCUUAAAAGCCGGACACAAUCUCUACAAUUGUUCUUGCCGCCAGACUAUCAAGGAAAUCCAGGACUUGGCCACCAGCAAGGCCUUGCUGCCCGAUUGGCCUCAUGACUACAUAUGCAGCUCCCCUCUGGAUUACCAGGACUAUGUCCUGAAUGAACUGCCUCUCUCCUCACUGCAGUGCAGCAGGGCAGCCAUGCUCAAGCAGGGCUCAGGGGCCACUUUGCUGACAUACCUUCCAUUGGUCCUUGCUUUGGCCUCAUUGCCAGCAUACAGAACCCAACCUAUUGUGCUGUAAAUCAAGCAGCUAAAUAGAAUGCCUGGAUGAGAAUGGUUGAAGCUUUGGAGGGAAAUGGUCAACUUAAUAAGGGUGUUUGGUUACCUGAGAACACUCUGUUAUAACUACCAACGCAGGUGUGUUUUCUGCUGGAAGAGAAAGAGGUUUGUUUGGAAAAGAAAACUGAUUUGUAGAUGUGAUUGUUUCCAGAGACCUCCAUCAACUUCCAGUUUCAUUUUUUCCAUAAUAUUUUUUUUAACUGAAAUAACAUUAUUAAUCUCCACCUUCCCUUGACAAAGCAUGAUGUCUCAAUUUCACAUUUACAGUUGUAAAUGUUAAUGCAAUUAUAUUGGUCAUACCCCAAUUUCAAAAAAAGGAGAGAAAAUGUGAAGGAAAAAAGGUAAUGCUUUAUACAGAAUGGUAUUGAUUUAGAACAUUCUAUGCUGAUUGAUUACUACAGUGGGCCCUUAGUAUCUGCUGGGGUUUAGUUCCAGGAUCUCCAUCGAUGCCAAAAUCCAUGGAUGCUCAAGUCCCAUUAUAUACAG